CGUCAUCGUCGAAGUACCAUUGCAUGAUUCCGGAAGCGGAAAAUAGUGCGAUGCCCCAAUAUACAGAUCCCCUCAAACUUCCCGCUUCCAUAGAUCUAGUUCCUCAAAGGAUGAAACGAUAAAGAAUAUUCCCGAAUGCAUCGCUUUCAGGGAACGCGGGUCACGGUUGCUUCAUCGUUAUCAAGGACAGCUCCCAUGCGCUCUUUCCUGCCCACUUCUAUUUAUCGAUCAAGACACAGGAUGAGUGAGAUUCGGAAGAUUUAUUAUCAUUCAUAUCUCAAUUAUCCUAUUCAUUAGAUUACACUCGUUGCGCAAGGAUUCGUCCGGCUUAUCUCCCGUUUCUUCUCGUCUCUCGAGAUCAACGCCAGCUUCUCUCAUUCUUUGGAUUGAAUCUCUUCUAUGAUAUCUGCUGUUAUAUCUCACUAAAAUGCCUGAGAGCGACGUGACCACCACAUCUCGAUGUAAUGAACAUCCUUCGCGGAUUGAAACACCACGUGUGGCACGUUCAUCAACAAGUAAACCGCCACAGCGAUUUUACAGUACCAGAGAAAGCCACGGGGAAGCCAAUAAUAAGAGUCAUGAGGAGUCUAUUGCGGCCAGAUAUCAAGCCCAAGUCGCUGUGAACCAAACCCGGGCUCAGACUCUGCAUACCCUCACGUUGUGUCGAACCGUCAUCACUACACUCGAAGUGACUCGUAUGGCAAAGUCAAGAGUGGGAUUUGCUUUCUGGCGAGCAUUCUGGGAGCGAAUCUAUUCACGAGAUUACGCCCGUUUUCUCAUCUGUCACGUCCAAAACACCCUGUCCAAGGUCGAUUUCCUCUUUCGCAACAUCGCUCGAGAGCUGCAUGAGAUCACACUAAACACGGUGGUCCAGGUAGUGCAGGCUACCACCGAGGAGAAGAUCCUCAGGGCCCUCGAACAAAUGGAGCAGCAAGUGGGCAUACGCCGAAGGCGAAGACGCAAGAAAGCCCGGAGCAUGAUUGACAAAAUGCGCGCCAAUAUCGAAGCAGUCCGCGUUACCAUUAGCGAUGAGAUCAUUGACGGAUUGAAGCGCGUUGUGUUCGCAUUAGAUCCAUACUGUGACUACUAUCCGGGUGAUACUGAGGAGGAAAUGCGCCAGUUGUCGAACUCAGAGCAAAUGGCACGCUGGCGUCAUGCUGAGAGAAACUUUCCGGGUCUUUAUCGCCAUUGGCAUUCUGCUGCCUCUGGGGCGAUUCGCACGGUGGGGAUGUACUAUUUGGACCAAAGUCGCCAUCGUCGUUACAGCUUUAUAAGGCGGCCGAUGACCCAUGACGAGCUUAGGCAAUGGCGAGGAUAAUUUGUCUGUGUGCUUGUUUUAGGUUAUUUGUUGGUUGGUUGGGAUAGGCAAUGUGCAUUUAAAUGUUAUAAUCCCCCCCUUGCAUUGAGCUUGGGGGAAAUAUUGGCCACUCGUUAGCUUAUAGAUCAGACUGCGUUAUUG